GGUUGUCCUUGUGUUAUCAGUGAAAUGUUAAGCCAAUUUUUGUACAUGAGGUCUUUUUGUAACUUAACUAUGGAAUUUGUAUUUCAGUGUGCACUGAAAUCGGGUUGUGGACUCAAAAAUCUUAUAUAAUUCAGUGGGGAUUGAAGUUAAGUUUAUUAACAAAUUAAAAACUGUGUGCAUUUCAUAAAUAUUCAUUCAAGUCACAGGAGAGGGACAUUUUAGUGAAACAUAGGCUGAUAGCAUUUCAAUAUAAGAACAGUUCACAUAAACUAUUGCAAAAUGGCAACUUCUGUUGGUCUAGAUUAUAACAGUUUAGAUUUAGUGGAGGACUAUGUCUGCAGUGCUUGCGAAAGUAAAAAUAUUUGGGAAAGUUCUGAUUAUUUUUGUGCAACAUGUAUGAAGUAUUUCUGCAGACAAUGCAUUUAUUUCCAUGAUCAAUUAUAUGCAAACCAUUGCAAAUAUGGCAGAGAAGAAAGAGAGAAAUGGCCCUUUACAAAGACAGUGGAGGAUUUGCUACUGAAAUGUGAUGUCCACAAGGACAAGAAACUGAAAACAUUCUGUCAUGACCACAGUCAGCUGUGUUGCACUGAUUGUGUUUUACUGCAUCACAGACUGUGCACCAAUGUGGCGCUGAUUUCUGAGUCAGUCCAAAAUAUGUCAGUGGACAUGCAACAGUUGUCAAUCAAUCUUCACACUAUUCUUGAUGAACUAAAUAAGUUUAAAUGUAGACAGGAUGCCAGCAUUCAGUCUGUGGAGGCAUCAUGGAGCGAAAAACUGAAAGAAAUCAAAGACUUGCGUAAUAAGUUAAAUGCUGAUUUGGAUGAACUAGAAAAUAAAACCUUGAAAGAACUGGAUGAAAUUAGGGUCACAUUGCAAACCUCUCUCAAGGAAGAUGUUGACAACUACAGCAGGCUUGAGGAUGAGUUUCAAGCACUCAGUGACGCUGUACAUGUCCUCUGUGAUAAGAGCGAGAAAGAAGUUGAGUUCAUAGCCAGCAGAAAAUGUCUGGACAAAAUACAAGAGUAUGAGUCGUAUCUGAAGAAGAUGAAGAAGAACCCUGUGAAGUUGAACAGUCCAAUAAUAUUCAUGGCAAAUGGUGACAUCCAGAAUAACCUAUCUCAACAAACUAGUCUAGGUAGAAUUAUAAAUCUUAAGAUCCAAAAUCCAGACCAAGAGUUUACUGUGAAGAGGAAAUUGGAGUAUUAUACUGUGAGAACAUGGAAUGACACAAAGAAGACUUGCAACAUCAGUGGCAUAUGCUGUCUGCCUAGUGGAGAGAUCAUUGUGACAGAUUAUGAUAAUAAGAUACAGGGCUUUUUUUCCUUCUUUGGGACCCGCCGAAAAUCGGCCCUUUCCCCGCGCAUUUUUUGUUCCCCUCAGCAGUUGAAUUUUCCCCAAGACUUCAUUUUUUUCCCCUAAAAAAAAAAAAAAAAAAAUAUUUUUUUUUUUUUAACUUUUAACCCUUAAAGCGCUGGAGCUGAAUUUUA